GGAGCUGUGCGGGAGCCCCGCCGAGGCGGCGGCCCGAGGGAGCGCGGUUUGUGCUGCUGGGCGAUGCAGCGCGUGGAGGAUGGAGAGAAACGGGGGGGAACAGUGGUGUGCCCAGCCUGGUUUGCAGGAACCUUGUGCUAAUAAAUAAAAUAACAAGAGAAAAAUGACAUUAAGGAAAGUGAACAUUUCCAUCCUUGUAGUGGCUGUUGUCAUAUUUUUGCUAGUUCUUCAUCAUAACUUCCUAGGCCUCAGUGACUUCUUGAAACGGGAAUUGUCAGAUUCAAAUCCAUUAGGACUUCAGCCUAUAGAUUUCAUACCUGCAGUUCCCCAGAGGCUGGCAGAUGAAAGGAAUGAUAAGGAGAUUUCUGUGGUCAUUGCAGCGUCAGAUGAGAGGCUUGGGGGUGCAAUUGCAGCCAUGAACAGUAUUUACCGUCACACCAGAUCCAACGUGGUUUUCCAUAUUGUUACUUUGAAUGAUACUGUGGAUCACUUGAGGCUGUGGCUAAGUAGCACUGCUUUGAAAAAUUUGAGAUACCGAAUUUUGGAUUUUGACCCUCGUGUCUUAGAAGGGAAAGUACAAGUGGAUCCUCAAAAGGCAGACACCUUAAAACCAUUAACCUUUGCAAGAUUCUACUUGCCCAAUUUGGUACCUCAUGCAGAGAAGGCCAUCUAUGUGGAUGAUGAUAUAAUAGUGCAAGAUGAUAUUCUUGAACUUUACAACACUCCAUUGAAACCUGGACAUGCAGCUGCAUUUUCAGAUGAUUGUGACUCAACCACUAAUAAAGUUGCUGUCCGUGGAGCAGGCAAUCAGUAUAAUUACAUUGGGUUUCUAGAUUACAAAAAAGAAACCAUCCGAAAGCUUGCCAUGAAAGCCAACACCUGCUCUUUCAAUCCAGGAGUUUUUGUCGCCAAUUUGACAGAAUGGAAAUUACAGAACAUCACUAAGCAAUUGGAGAAGUGGAUGGCACUUAAUGUAGCAGAGGAACUUUAUAGUAGGAGUCUGGCUGGCAGCAUCACGACACCUCCACUGCUAAUUGUAUUUUACAAGCAACAUUCCAGUAUUGAUCCCAUGUGGAAUGUCCGGCAUCUCGGGUCUAGUGCUGGAAAGAGGUACUCUCCUCAGUUCGUGAAAGCUGCCAAGCUACUCCAUUGGAAUGGACAUUUCAAACCAUGGGGAAGAACAGCUUCAUACGCUGAAGUCUGGGAGAAGUGGUAUGUCCCUGACCCUACAGGCAAGUUCAGCCUGAUCCGCAGACAUUCAGAAGCCUAUGAAGCGAAGUAGAGUCAAUUUUAAUAACUGAUGGCAUUUUCUCAGGAAACUUCUGGAGCCAAGCGGAACUUUUUUUUAGCCAACUUGUAUUACAGAGCAGUCCUUGCCUUCUGGAGCACAAGGUCAUGCACUUAGGUGUGGUUCUGAAAUGCACAGGUCCAAAGGAGACUCGCUUCACUUGUGUGACAAGAUGCUACUCCAGCAGCACUCUAGAAAGCGAGGGAGGAUCUCCACAAACUAGCACUUUUGUUAGUUCAUUUCUGUCUGUUGUGCAUUCUUCUGCUCUUUACUACAAGUCUUCUAGAGGAGGAUCAUUUUGUCAGCUACAGAAAGAAACAGUUUCUAAGAACAAGAUACAACUUCAGCUGGUGCUUGCACCAUGCAAAUCUUGCACAGCGAUGUACUGUAAUUAAGAGGUGCUUGGGUUUUGUUCUCUGGGUUUUUUUUUUUCUUAUCCUGUGAAAGCUUCCUCAACAACCCUUUCUUGCAUGAAAUCUCCUCCCAACCAUUUCUGUGUCUUUCUUGCAGAAUUCUGCAAAAUUGAAUCUUGUUUUGGAAAGAUGAAUUUUGCAGGUAUUAUUUCACUAUGCAAAGUGGUUUUAACUGCCAGUGAACACUAAAACAUUUUUUGUAGAGUGGUGGUGAAAACUUUGUUCAAAAAUAAAAGCUAAUUUUAACAUGUUGACUCAAACCUCAGGUAAAUGGCAAUCUGAUUCUAGUCUUGAUCUGAUAUAUGAAGUGCGUUUCCUUUGUACUUAAAUAGAGCAGCAAGUGAUUGAAACUGAAGUCAAUUGAUCUCAUCUUUGCAAAAGCAAUCUCAUUCUAAAAUUGUGCAAAAUGUUUGUUUUGGGGAUCAGGCUGUAUGAAUUACAGAUUAAUUUUGUUAUUGUUAAGUCCCUCAUAGCUCUCUCAAGUGAGCAUGGCUCUGCUAUAGAAGUUUUUCCCACUGUGCCUUUCCCAGUCUGGCCCUUUAAACUCACCAAGUGAGAUUCCUGUGCCCUCUUGCAGCCAGCUGCCCAUCGCCUUUUGUAUAGGUAAGUUGUUUUUUUUAUCGUUGUAGUGUUGAGUAGUGGUUAUUAUUAGCUGAUAUAUCCCAGCAGCUAUUGUGCCAACUAUUCCAUUUAAUACAGGUUCGAACUCAAGUUGUCAUUUUUAUUCAAUACUGCUCGUGAACAGUCCUCAGUGUAAGAUGUUUAGACAAAAGGCUUUGUGUUGAUGCAGUGAUGGGCUGAGUGUUGCAUGGUCUGAGAUACAGGGCAGCAGAGAGCUAAAGGGCUCAUUCAUGUGUAUGAAUAUGGUUUUAGUACUGCUUUAUAAUUUAAAAGGAUUUCCAGCUGCUUGACUCAUUGCAGUCACUGCCUAUAGUUCUGUUUCUGUCAUGGAUGCUGAUCUGUGGUUUGCUACUUAUCGUUUCUUUUCCUGGGUUUUGAUGAACAAGAACCAUUCUUGUUCUUGAAGUGGUUACGAGUAAUGAAGUAAGUUCAGUUACCAAACUUUGAAAGGCUGUACUAGAUCAGCUGACACCAGCUUAAUUCUGGUGACCAGGCUGUGUUUUAGCAGGCUUAAAUAAACUGCAUGUGUCUGUGUCUA